AUGAAGACCCCAUUCGGAAAGGCAGCAGGUCAGAGAGCCAGAGGUGAUGCAGCACAUGCAGGUGUGUCUGCCAGUAUGAUGAAAAAAAGGACUUCUCACAAAAAGCAUCAAAAUAAUGUUGGUCCAAGCAAACCAAUUUCCCAGCCCCAGAGGAAUAUUGUAGGUUGCAGAAUACAGCAUGGUUGGAAAGAAGGUAGUGGCCCAAUAACACAAUGGAAAGGAACUGAAUUUAAUCAAGUGCCAGUCAACCCAUCCCUUUAUCUUAUUAAAUAUGAUGGAUUUGAUUGUGUCUAUGGACUAGUACUCCACAAGGACGAGCGAGUGUCUGCUCUUGAAGUUCUUCCAGAUAGAGUUGCUUCAUCUCGAAUUAGUGAUGCUCACUUGGAAGACACAAUGAUUGGUAAAGCUGUUGAACACAUGUUUGAAACAGAAGAUGGUUCUAAGGAUGAGUGUAGAGGAAUGGUCUUAGCAAGAGCUCCCAUAAUGAACACAUGGUUUUAUAUAACCUACGAGAAGGACCCAGUUUUAUAUAUGUAUCAGCUAUUAGAUGACUACGAAGAAGGAGAUCUCCGCAUCAUGCCAGACUCUAAUGAUUCCCCUCCAGCAGAAAGAGAACAGGAGAAGUUGUGGACAGCCUUGUAG